AUUGGACGGCUGGACUGUCAAUCGACAACGUCCAGGGGACGCUACCGUGCUUGGCCUGUGGUGUACUGCUGUCAACAUUAACGGGUGUACCAGCUACAUUUAGCCGGAUAUAAUAUUCUAACGUGGUGCCUGCAGCAAACUCUCCGGAUGUCCAAGUACAAACUGUUUCUGCUGAGACAUGGAGAAGGGGCCUGGAAUAAAGAGAACCGAUUCUGCAGCUGGGUGGACCAGAAGCUGAGUGAGAAUGGGGUGAAGGAGGCCCAGGACUGUGGAAGGCUCUUGAAGGAGCAGGGAUACAAGUUUGACAUCGUGUUCACGUCCAUACUUAGCCGCUCGAUCCAGACAGCAUGGCUGGUGAUUGAGGCUAUGGGUCAGGAAUGGGUCCCUGUUGUCAAGUCCUGGAGGCUUAACGAACGACACUACGGCUCUCUGAUUGGACUCAACCGGGCAGAAAUGGCUCAGCAACAUGGAGAGGAAAAAGUGAAGCUGUGGAGAAGGAGCUAUGACAUCACUCCACCCCCGAUUGAUGAAUCCCACCCUUACUUCCAUGAAAUCUACAAUGACCGUAGAUACACCACAUGUGAUGUCUCGAAGGAGAAGCUUCCCCGAGCUGAGAGCCUGAAGGAGGUGUUGGACAGGCUGCUGCCAUACUGGGACAGCACUGUGGUGCCAGUGAUAAGGAAGGGCAAGACUGCCCUCAUUUCUGCUCAUGGAAACAGCUGCAGGGCCCUGCUGAAACACCUGGAAGGUAUAUCAGAUGAGGACAUUGCCAGCGUGACUUUACCUACAGGGAUACCUGUGCUGCUCGAGCUGGAUGAAAACCUCAAGCCGGUGAAACCUCGACAACUGCUGGGAGACCAGGAAAAGAUUCAGGCAGCCAUUAAAAAGGUGGAAGACCAGGGAAAAGCCAAAACAACAACUUGAACGCAUUGCAAUAGUUGUAAGACGUAAUAUAGUUUCAUUCUUGCUGCCUCUGAGCACUUUUUUUUUUA